CCCCCCCCCCCCGCUCAUAAAUCCAAAUAUAGAGAUGAAAUGUGUUUGAGAAUGAACAAUUGUAGCUGCCGGUGACAGCGUGGCCGUUAAUGACAGCGAGCCCGGCUCAGUAACAGAGAACCGUUCUCACCUCCUCCACAGCCCAGAAUAAACCCCUUCCCCUCCCUGCAAACACACACCCAGCCAUAUUGAACAGUCGGCAUUAAAACAGCCCAGCGCCGAGAGUUCCGUCCCCCGCCUCGCCUCGCCUUGCCUCCAUCAUCAUUGUCUCCAUCUUUGGGAAAUUCAGGAUGAAAGUUACAGGCAGACCUGUUCUCCCACUGCUCCGUUUUGCCCUGGUCGGGCUCGUGUUGCUGUCCGGCGGCUGGGUCCACCUUGGCUCAGGAAUGGACGUGACGGUCCCUCCGCUCCUCAUCAAGCUGAAUGGGACAUCAGCCAAGUUGACCUGCACCUUCAACUCAUGCUAUGAAGUCAACAACAAACACUUCUCCUUAAACUGGACCUACCAGGAAUGUGAGAACUGCACAGAAUACCCUUUUGUGCAGUUCCGUAACAGGGUGAUCUUCUCCAGAACGGAACCUUUCUGGGGUCGGGUGGAGUGGUCGGGAAACCUGAACAAGAACGAUGUCUCCAUCACCAUUCACAACAUCCAGACCAUCGACGAGGGCUUUUACAAGUGUUACGUCUUAAACCCACCCGACCGGCACAAAGGACUGGGAAUCAUUCAGCUGAGUGUGGUGACAGAAGUGGAUCCUGAACACCACUCCAUUGUGGCCGUCAUCAUCGGUGCAAUUGUCGGUGGAUUGCUCGCUGUCCUCAUCCUCUCCUUGAUCGUUGUCAAGUGCUUGAGGAGGAAAAAGAAACAGGAUAAUCAGUCCGAAGAACAGAAAACUGAAGAGGAAGGAAAGACCGAUGGGGAGGGCAAUGAGGAAAUAGAGGAGAAGCGGCACAAGGGCCAGUGAGAGAUGGCUGCCUUGGCCGGCCGGCCCCUGGUGACAACUGUUCUCAUCAUGCUUCCUGGGACAAGACUGGAUCUCCUCUACGCUCUACACGUACUGCUACACAUUAACACGAGCUCACCUACUGCCGUGCCCUCCGUGAACCCAUUGAUUCAUCAUGCAUGCCAUCCAGCUCCAAACUGUGUGCAGGUGCCAUCACCAAAACUGGCAGUGUCCAGCAGGCACCGUAAAUAACGCGCUUAAUGUCCAGUGCCGUGAGUGUGGUGAAUUAUAACCACGGGUAUUGUUAUAAAUGUGCAUGUUUUUAAAUUGGGUGUCAAUGGGAAGGUGGCACAUUGGUAAAACAGAAUGUCCACCUAGGCUGGUUGCUCGUUGAGGGGAAUGGUAAUGGAACCUUUUCUCUAAAUUCAUUUUUUUGGGGAGUUAAAUAUUGCCAGCAAAGCCCCCAGUCAAUUCCCUGCUCCCCUUGUGGCUGAGAUGUAGCUGGUGAGCGGUUUCCAUCAGUUGCUGUGGCAGCGUGGACCUACACAUUGUCCAGUAGAUGUCCCAGCAGAUCAGGUGUACUGCCGUUUGUACAUUCCACACCCGAUCCUGCCACAGAGCAGGCAUGGAACCAGCUUCACCACCAGUCACCACCUCCCACUAGCUGCCUUGGUUAACGUUGGCCCAAAGUGGCUGAAGGUGCACUUCAUGUAAAACAGUAAUAACACCUCAAAAUAUCCAUUGUAAUGGCUCUAAACUCUUGCUUGGGUGUUCCUGAAUCCUGAAAUUAUUCAUGGAACGCAUUUGUCCAAAUAAGCCAAGAUUGGGCAAAUUCUCAGAAAUAGCUUUGACUGGAUCCUUGUGAGAUAUCUUUACCCACCCCC